UCACACAACAAACACGUCCCUGUUUUAUGACGUCAUAUAGCAUCCCAAUGUUUCGACUGUUUUGUUGAAAUAAUCGCGUGAAAUAUGGCAUACCGUUGCUAACGAAGACAAUUUUGAGGUGGACGUUAGCGUGUUUUUCCGAAGAUGAGCGAUGACGAGGCUUCGGUCCGCACGGACGCCUCCAAAGCCAUCCUGCUCACCAAGGACGGCCAGCGCUACAUCGUGGGUGACAGCCGCUCGGUGGACAGCCGCGACGUGAUCACACUCAUCCCCAUGGAGGCUUCCGACCUCAUGGACCUGGACGACGCCGACGAGGAGAGCGACGUGCUCGACGCGUCCGACCCGCGGGACGGCGCCAGUCCGGAGGAGCUGAACGACGACGAGGCGUCGGAGGGCGACGGUGCCGCGCCCAAGCAGUGCACCUACGACGGCUGCACCGAAACCACUUCGCAGGUGGCCAAGCAGCGCAAGCCCUGGAUGUGCAAGAAGCACCGCAACAAGAUGUACAAGGACAAGUACAAGAAGAAGAAGAGCGACCAGGCCAUGUCUACCAACAAAAUUGACGACAACUGUGAGGAACGUCCCGUGUCUGUCAACAAGCAGCGUCUGGGGGCAAUGGGAGACCGGCCGGCCAGACCCUCUCUCAUCGAGCAGGUGCUCAACCAAAAAAGGCUGUCACUGCUGAGGAGUCCUGAGGUGAUCCACUUCCUGCAGCAGCAGCAGCACAUCCUGGCGGUACAGAGUCGAAGCUUGACGCUGCAGCACAACUUCAGCGGAUGCUGACCAGCCGCGUACGCCCCACUCUAUUAUUUAUUUAUUAUUCUAUUUGCAGUCUGUUGGUGUUUUUGUUUUAAAAAGAAAAAAGGAUGAUUUCUGCUCACGAGCCACACAGCGAGUGAAAUAAAAAAAUAUUUAAACUAGUGAAA